AUGAGCGACUCUUCGCAACACCUUCGUCUUGCGCUGACGGUCACGCACCUUCUGCUCGUCGCCUUGGGGUCCGUCAACCUUAUAGUCAUCCUUUUAAUUAUCACAAGACCGUGAGUAACACCAUCAAUGAAGCUUCUGUAUCAAUUUUUUGCAGAUACCUCCGAUCUAUCACAAAUGUCUAUAUGAUCGGGUUAUGUCUAGCCGACUUCAUUUAUUUGGCCGAUCUGAUACUAGUCGCAGCCACGUCACUUAACGGCAAGAGCUGGCCGUUCGGACCAACAAUUUGUCAUCUCUUUCACGGCACGGAGGCGACUGGUAAUUGAAGAUUCGCACAAAGAGAUACGCAUUCGAAACUCGAUUUUCUUUCAGGGAAGUACGCAUCCGUACUUUUCGUCGUUCUUCUUGCCGCCGAUCGUUACAUCGCAAUGUGCAAAAGCGAUUUGUGUGGGAGAUAUAGGUUAGUGAAUCGGGAAAAUAAUUGAAUGAAACACAAAUUGACGUUAAGAACUUAUCGUACGGCAAUCUUUCUGAGCGGCCUUGCCUGGAUUGCCGCAUUAAUUUGCAGUCUCCCGUUGUACGUGUAUGCUGAUGAGGUAACAAAAAAGGGAAUGAACACGUGAAAAAUGCAAUUUGAUUCAGAUCAAAGUCCGUAUGCGUCCAAAGAAUGGAACCGACGCCAUAGAAAACAAUCACACAUUGUGUAUUGCUCAUUGGCCGAGUCCGCCACAUGCACAGUGGUACGUGCUUUGUCUCAGACGUUUUCCUCAUUUCCCAUGCCGUAACUUCCUCUUCUGAGCAGAAAGAGAUCCGAAAACUUAGAAAUUCUGAAUAUAUUGUUUUGCACACCGCGUCUCUUUCAGGUACAUCUCGGUGUGCUCAGUUAUGAUUUUCAUACUUCCGGGACUUGUUAUCUUCUAUUGUUACUAUCACGUGUUCUGCAAGUUGCGGGAAGCGGCAAAAGGGUCUAGACGUCUACAUCGCAAUAAAAGCUCGCGAUCUUCGUAUCAACGAGUCACCCGAAGUGUUCAAAGGGUCGUAUUGUUUCACUUGCUCUGUUGGUAAGUACCUCACUACCCGGAUGUUCGCAUGAAAAGAUUAUUACAGGUCACCAUUCUGGCUGUUCAAUCUGUUCUCAGCCAUCUUCCGGGUUCGAAUCACAACUCAACUCAUGCGAAUCGUUGUCAACAUUAUCCAUCUCUUCCCAUACGUGAACUGUGCUCUCAACCCAGUUCUGUAUGCUUACCGCGCCGAAAACUUCCGGACUGCGUUCAAAUCUCUUUUGUUUUGGAGUCGACGGUCAGUUUCUAGCACAUUGUGAGUGUUUUACACUGUCGUUUUUCAAUAAAAUUGAAAAAUACUCUGAAAAGUACACUUUUCAAAAAACACGAGUGUAGAGCAAUUACAAGAACGUAUACGUGGGUUCUUUCAAGCUUUUCUCUUGACAAAUAAUUAGGAGUGUGUCGAGUCUAAUCAAACUUGUGUUGUGUAGGCGUUUUAUAAUUGAGUCGAAAGAUGAAUAAUUUCAGAAACCGACCACUCCCCUUGCCGGAAGAUAUUCGAAGCACUUCCGCCAGCACGUACUAUCGAAACAGCAGCAAGUAAGAAAAAGAGAGAAAGUACACUUGACAAUUUGUUUUUUGUAGUUUGGACGGUCUGAAAUCUCAAUUGCCAAUCAAGUCACCAUUGGACACCCCUUCUGUGUACCAGCCGGAAGAAGAGAGUCCGGUUGAUUCCUCGGAAAAGAUGGAAAUGGAGAGGUAGUUUGAAAUACUGAAAAAUAUCGCUAAUCAGCUGAAUUUCAGGAAACGAGCUGAACUGCAAGCCUGGAGACCUUACGACGGCACAAAUUGUGAGGUACUGGAGGUGCAGUACGAUCAUCACAAAUGCUCUGCACGGAGUAUCCUCCUUCCCGCAGUCACCAUCGACGAAGGAACUAAAUUGUGA